UUUCGGAGAGGAGAGGCCACUGCAGGUCGUUGAGCAUUUGUGUCACGCUGCUAGUCCGCUGGUAGUCAUUCAGGGUCACUCGGGCGGCCCUGCGCUGGACGGCCUCCACCGCCUGUAUCCCCUUGGUGGUGUACGGGUCCCAGACGGUGGCACUGUAUUCCAAGUGGGGCCGAACCAGCGCCUUGGCCCGAGAUGGGCAACAGGUCAAAUUGCGCCGAAUGACCCCUAGGACUGACUUCUUGAACAAACACUGUACUUGAAACAAUAUUAAUGUAACGGUCACAGGUCGCCUGAUUCGGGCUGGCGUGGGUCAUUGACUAGUACACUCUUGAGAAAAUGGGCGGUGGUGUCCAGUGGAUGACUGAUUCUGUCCAGGAGAUUUUUCAAAUCUCUGGACUGAAUCUGCAGACCGUUCUCGUUCUCUGUGGGACUUUCCUGUUUGCAUGGUAUCUCCUGAAUCGCCCUAGGAACCUGCCUCCCUACCCGGCAGGAAGCUUGCCUGUUCUCGGGCACCUCCUCGCCUUGGGCCGAACGCCUCACCACAAGCUGACGGCGUGGAGGCGGCAGUACGGGGACGUCUUCACCGUCAGGAUGGGCAUGGAAGAUGUGGUGGUUCUGAACGGCUACGCUGCCGUCAAGGACGCGCUCGUGGACAGGUCCGAGCUGUUCGCCUCCAGGCCGCCACACUACAUACUUGAUGCGGUUUAUGGUUUCGGAAAGGACAUCCUUACUGUACGCUGGGGGACAGUGCUGAAGCAGAGAAGGAGGUUCGCUUUCUCCACCUUCAAGAGCCUGGGCAUGAAGGUCGGAAAGGGCAGUAUUGAAGGGCAAAUCCAAGAAGAGGCGAACUGUCUCCGCCACAGGAUGGUAGAAUACGAGGAAAAGCCCUUUGACAUCUCACACGACUUGGACGUCGCGGUCGCCAACGUGAUCUGCGGCAUGGAGUUCGGCAAGCGCUACGAGUUCGACGAUGAAACGUUCCACAAGCUCCUGAAGACGAUCACAAGCCUCAUCGCUGAAUUCGGAUCCGCAGAGAUCACCACCGUCUACCCUUUCUUGCGGUUCAUUCCUGGAAUGAACAGAGCCUACAACAGAGCGAUGGGUCUGAACGAAAAGAUCCAGGGAGUGAUCUGGGACGAGAUCGCCCGCCAUCGCGAGAACCUGGAUCGCGAGAACCCGCGAGACUUCCUCGACUACUUCCUGCUGGAGGUUGAGAAGCAGGAGAGGGUGGAGGGUCUGACAGAGGAGAUCGUCAUGUACACCGCCCUGGACAUGUUCCUGGCAGGAACUGAGACAACCACCAACACACUGCUGUGGAGUCUCAUCUACAUGACUUCGAACCCCGGCAUCCAGAAGAAGGCGCAGCAGGAGCUUGAUGCCGUUGUUGGUGAUGGUCAGCCCACCCUGUCCCACCGUCCCCAGCUGCCCUACGUGAACGCCUGUCUGCUGGAGACCAUGAGAAUCCGCACUCUUCUCCCCCUGUCAGUUCCCCACGCCACCUCGCAGGACGUCAAAGUCCAGGAAUUUGACAUUCCAGAAGGGACCAAGAUUCUACUGAACAUGCAGUCCGUCCACAUGGACUCCGCUUACUGGCCUGAUCCGGAACGGUUCGACCCGGAAAGGUUUCUGGAUGCGGAAGGAAACGUCAUCAACAAGCCCGACUCUUUCUUACCUUUUGGGGGAGGCCGACGUGUGUGCCUUGGGGAGCAGCUGGCCAAGAUGGAACUGUUCCUGUUCUUCUCGACCCUGCUGCAGUCCUUCACUUUCAAGCUGCCAGAGGGCGCUCCUCCUCCAAACACUGACGGCGUCCUUGGAAUAACCUUGAAGCCACUUCCGUUUAAGCUCUGUGCGAUCCAGCGUUAGUUACCUUCGCCAAGAAGGUUAUGUUUUGGUAGGUGUUCGUGUGUCUGUGUUUGUCAACACGUUAACAUGCGAAGGCUAAGAUGGAUUGUCUUGAUAUUUGGCAGGUGGCUUCAUGAGACCUCUAAAUGAUCAGAUUUUGAUCAGACUUCCUCUGGGAACACCAAAACUGACGCAAUCGUGCGAGUAAAAAAAAAACGUUUGGCAAAAAAAGUUUCCUUCAUUAUGAAGUCUAUGUGGUCAUGAAGGUUUAACAAAUGAAAAAAAG